CAGACGCCGGGAGGCGGCGCUCCAGUCUGCAGCCGCGCGUCCGCGCCAUGGCAUCGCGCAGCUGCGGCACCGAGCUCGACCUUAGCUGGAUCUCCAAAAUACAAGUGAAUCAGCCGGCAGUUCUGAGGCGGGCAGAACAAAUCCAGGCUCGCAGAACUGUGAAGAAGGAGUGGCAGGCUGCUUGGCUCCUGAAAGCAGUUACCUGUAUAGAUCUCACUUCACUGUCGGGUGAUGAUACCUUUUCCAGUAUUCAAAGGCUCUGUUAUAAAGCCAAAUACCCAAUCCGGGAAGAUCUCCUAAAAGCCUUACAUAUGUAUGAUGAAGGCAUCACUACGGCUGCCGUUUGUGUUUAUCCUGCCCGGGUUUGUGAUGCUGUGAAAGCACUAAAGGCUGCGGGCUGUGACAUUCCAGUGGCGUCAGUGGCCACUGGCUUUCCAGCUGCACAAACUCAUUUACAAACACGAUUAGAAGAGAUCAGAUUGGCUGUGGAAGAUGGGGCUACGGAAAUCGACGUGGUCAUUAACAGGACUCUGGUGCUGACCGGCCAGUGGGAAGCUCUGUACGAUGAGAUUCGUCAGUUCCGCCAGGCCUGUGGGGAGGCUCAUCUCAAAACCAUCCUAGCCGCAGGAGAACUCGGAUGUCUUACUAAUGUUUAUAAAGCCAGUAUGCUAGCAAUGAUGGCAGGAUCAGACUUUAUUAAGACCUCUACUGGAAAAGAAACAGUAAAUGCCACCUUCCCAGUAGCUAUCGUAAUGCUAAGAGCCAUUAGAGAUUUCUUCUGGAAAACUGGAAAUAAGGUGGGCUUUAAACCUGCGGGAGGCAUCCGCACUGCCAAGGAUGCCCUGACCUGGCUCUCACUUAUAAAGGAGGAGCUAGGGGACGAGUGGUUGAAGCCAGAACUCUUUCGCAUAGGUGCCAGCUCGCUGCUCUCAGACAUUGAGCGGCAGAUUUACCAUCAUGUGACUGGAAGAUACCCGGCUAAUCAUGAUCUUCCGAUGUCCUGAAUCAGCAACCUGCCUCAGAGAAGUUCUUUGCAACAGUGUUUUUUGUUGUUUUUUUUUUAAUUGUUUUCCCAUAAUUGCUAGUCAUGCUACUAAAAAUUAGGGAAAUAGAUAACUUUUUUUUUCUCUUAAAAUUUAUACUGAACUUAGACCUCAGAAUGAAAGGAAAAGCAAACUAAUCUUUCUGUGGCCCUGUUUCAAGUAUGAAAUGAUUUUAAUUACCAAAAAAAAAAAAAAAAAAUCUAUACUGUUCAUUUUGUGAAGGUAUUUUCAUAAAAACUCCAGGUAAAAUAUUCGUGAUUGCUUAGAUGCAUUCAAAUUCUAAAGAGGGGAGGAAUGAAACUACCCAGGCAGUAUGCCCAGCAAACGAAAUUAUAACACCACAAGCUUCCCCUGUAAUAAUCCCAGGAGCGACCAAGUCCACACUGGAUUUCCUGCCAUGAAGUUCCAUCCUUGAUUUUUGUGGAGGAGAUGUCUCUUUUUACUAAUUGUUAUACUGGUCAAAUUUCUGAUAUUGUUAUAUGGAACUAUGAAUUUCAAUCAAUUUUUAAAUAAAAACCU